AUGUCUACUAAUAGUGACACCGUGAACAAUAUGAAGAAACAAUCGCCAAAUGGAACCAAAAGGGGCAACAAGCCUUUGAUAGAAAAACGACGUCGUGCACGGAUUAAUGAAUGUUUGAUGCAGUUGAAGAAUUUGGUUCUGAAAGCCACAAGUAGUGAGAUGGCGAGAACUGGUAAAUUAGAGAAAGCCGAUAUACUGGAAAUGACAGUUGAAUAUUUGAAGAAAAUCAAUAAUCCUAAUUGUAAGCUGUCCGAUUCCAACUAUUCAGCAGGAUAUGAGAAGUGUAUGGAGGAACUCGUUCAAUUUCUUGACAAAUCAAAUGGAUUUAACCCAGAAAUCAAACAAAAAAUAACUAAACAUUGUAGAAAUAAGCUGAAUGAACGCUUAUUGACACCGAAAAUGGAAGACCAAUUAGACGAUGAAAUGGUUUCAACAACACAUUCUCGACUACACGAUGACAUAAGUGAAAGCGAAUCGGAAUCCAUGGACACUCGACCGCCAUCAGCAUCAUUAUCAGAACAUUCAGUACCCCAAAGCGGACCAAAGGACAUAAAAGUUGAAACAGGCACACAAUCUGCUGCGAUUCCUGAAUCAAGCUCCUCGGCAGCAAAUAACGUGGCUAAUUCAAUAAGACUGGUGUGUGGUGGUGAUAUUUUAAUUUUAAUGAAUAACCAGCCGAGUGAUACUGUAAAUAGUUUAAACACAAAUCAACAAGUCAUUCCUGUCGUUUCUCGCGCCUCAAAUACGUCGUUUCCUAUCCAAAACAUUCUAAUACCAUAUAGUGCGCCAUCAAACGUCCCCAAUAUACCUUCGUAUAAUCUACUGGAUGCCUCUAACCCAACGUCGUUACCUCUAACAACGGUUGUACCUGUUGUACCGAAAUCUGAAGUGAGUGUACCAGUUUUCAAUGGAGUCAACGUUCCUAAUAAUAACUUGAACUGCCCUACCUUGGAGCCAGUUUGGCGACCGUGGUGA